AUGCCGCCUAGUGUAACGGAAGCGAGCAACGGGCUCGACUCGUCUGGCCGGGCGCUCACCAGACCAGAAGAAUCCAAUACUACUCGUAAGUCACAUCCAGCGCGAGGCAUCGCAGAAUUAGUCUUACUACAUUUCGCAUCCGCUUCAUCUUUGCUGAUAAGUUCCAUGUCACCAGGCACCGACGACCAUGGCAAGCAAGCCGAGAUGGCGUGGAGUUCAAAACUACUCAGGGACAAGACCGUUGCACAAGCUCUAGCAGUUGUCCAGGUUCUUCAGCUUGCCCAACAGCGGUUGCGCACCCUCCCUCCGGGUCCGAAGCUUGCUACGGUACAGAUUUUUACGGGAGCCCUUAACGUGCUCCGAGAGAUCGCACUCAACAACAACACCUGGAGUGCGAGCAGGAGUCCUACUCCUCACUUAGAACUAUUGAGAUCUGUUCAAUCCAUGAUGUUCGAGCACGCUCAUAAGCUUGGAGAGAUUGCCAAUGUAGAGGUCGACUUGCACCUCUAUUGGCUACCUUCGAAAUCUCGCCUUGAGAGCCAGCAGUCCGCCAAGCGCAUUGCCCUCAAAUGUCGCCUACAUGACGGCGAGCAAAACAUGUUCACCCUGGGCGGUGAACCAAGACCAGCGGCGGAGAUUCCUCCACCGGUGUAUCUUGCCCCUGAUGUGGAACACGCCCUUGUCCACAAGAACAAGAAUCACAAAAAGAAGUUGGAAAAGAAAUCAGCAGCCGCCACGGUUCCCAUCACUUCUCAUAUUGGAUAUCAGGACUCGUGGUACGGUCAAUCAUACGACCCCUGCCCGGAGCCAUACGUCUGCUCCUUUUCCGACCCCGAGGAUUACUACGACUCAGAGCUCGAGGUCCACAACUCCAUCGAGGCCUCCCCUGAGCCCUCCCACCCUAGCAACCCCGAGCCGUACAGCUCAGAGCCGCCUCCGAUGGGUAGCCCCCCCGACAUGGUGUCGGACAUUCCCUUUCCCAGAACCAACAAGCCAAUGUGGUGGCGCGAUCUCGGCCCUGCCCGUCCCACCAUCACAUCCGAGACGGAAGAGGAGCAGGAUAUGCUGGAGGAGCAUGAGCUGGAGCAGUGCAUUCGGUUCAUGGAGGAAAGGAGGGCCUUGGGAUAUAGGAAUGAAUCGGUGUUGGAACAUUGGCAGGAAGUCUAUAUCAAGGAGCUUCGCCUGAUGGCGCCUGAAAAUCCACUUGUGCGUUCCCAUGAGGCGAAGCGAGCCCGCAUCAACUGCUUGCAGGAGAAAAUCUGUCUCCUCCGCGAGGAGAUAAACAAAAAGGCCAAGGAGUUCCGCCACUUGGCGCGUGACCAACCCUUCCUGUUCUCCGGCUCC